UGACCUAGAAGGACGAAGGCACAGAGCAAGGCGGUAAGGCAGUGCAGAGCUGUGAAAGCCAGAGAAAUGUGGAGCCUUCCUGUCCUGCUGUGGCUGUGUGUGACAGUGUCCUCCGCCUACCCCUUGAAUGGAGCUGUGAGGAGGGACGACAGCAGAAUGGAGCUUCUUCAGCAAUACCUAGAAAACUACUACAACCUUGGAAAAGAUAUGAAACAGUCUGUUACAAGACAGGGCAAUGGUCCUAUUGUUAAAAAGAUCCAAGAAAUGCAGAAGUUCCUUGGGCUGGCGGUGACGGGGAAGCUGGAUUCCGACACUUUAGAGGCCAUACGCAAGCCCAGGUGUGGAGUUCCAGAUGUGGGCACGUUCAGCACUUUUCCUGGCAUGCCAAAGUGGAGGAAAACCCACCUUACUUACAGGAUUGUGAGUUACACACGGGAUUUGCCAAGAGAUGCUGUUGAUGCAGCCAUUGAGAAAGCGCUCAAGGUCUGGGAGGAGGUGACCCCGCUCACGUUCUCCAGGAUACACGAAGGAGAGGCUGACGUAAUGAUCUCUUUUGCAGUUAGAGAACAUGGAGACUUUAUCCCUUUUGAUGGACCCGGAAAUGUGCUGGCUCACGCCUAUGCUCCUGGGCCUGGGGUUAACGGAGACGCUCACUUUGAUGACGAUGAGCUCUGGACAAAGGACACAACAGGGACCAAUUUAUUCCUGGUCGCUGCUCAUGAGCUUGGCCACUCCCUGGGUCUCUUCCACUCGGCCAACCCUAAGGCUUUGAUGUACCCACUCUACAACUCCUUCACGGACCUGACUCGAUUUCGCCUUUCUCAAGAUGACGUGGAUGGCAUUCAGUCCCUCUAUGGACCUCCUCCUGCCUCUCCUGCUGACCCUGAGCUGCCCAUUCAGUCCAGCCGUCAGGAGCCUUCGACCCCAGCCCCAUGCGAUCCUGCUUUGUCCUUUGACGCAGUCAGCACCCUGAGGGGAGAAGUCCUGUUCUUUAAAGACAGGCAUUUUUGGCGCAAAUCCCUCAGGACCCUUGAACCUGAGUUUUAUUUGAUCUCUUCAUUUUGGCCAUCCCUUCCUUCCAGAGUGGACGCUGCUUAUGAAGUGAUUAGCAAGGACACUGUUUUUGUUUUUAAAGGAAAUCAGUUCUGGACCAUCAGAGGACCAGAGGUGCAAGCAGGUUCCCCAAGAAGCAUCUACACAUUGGGCUUCCCUGCAACCGUAAAGAAAAUCGAUGCUGCCAUGUCUAUUAAGCAAAAGAUGAAGACGUACUUCUUUGUGGAGGACCAAUACUGGAGAUUUGAUGAGCAGAAAGCAGCCAUGGAGCCCGGCUUUCCCAGAAAGAUAAAUGAAGACUUUCCAGGCGUAGAAAAGGUUGAUGCUGCUUUCGAAGCAUUUGGAUUUUUCUAUUUCUUCAGUGGGUCUUCACAGCUGGAGUUCGACCCAAAUGCAAAGAAAGUGACACAUACUUUGAAGAGUAACAGCUGGUUUAAUUGCUAGGAAGAUGUACGGAAGGUGCCAUAUGGGCAUUUUCAACAACGCUGUCAACUUUCCGCUGAAGUCUCUCCGAACUGAAGCGGUUAGUUUCCUCCUGUGUGUGAGAUGACAGAACUCGAGUGUGAGCUGUGUAUCCCGCUGGUCAUCUUUACUUUGUUACAGGGCAUUCAAAGGGCUGCUGCUCAGGUUGCACCUCGUCACGGUGUUCUCUUCCACAGGGAGGGGAAGGGUUCAUGGCAACUGACCAGUGACUGUAUCUAUGUACACUACUUGCUUGUUAUUUAAUAAAGAUGGUUUAUUAUUGCUUA